GACGCAAUUGGCCACGUCACCGACAAAAGCAAUUACAUUAACCGCUCCUAACAGAUCCCCCCUCAAAACUCUGCCUCUCAGGACCACCAAAUCUCCAUUCACAACGUCCCUCUCUCUCUCUCGACAACGAUCUUCAUGGGAUCCGCUUCCAGGCCCCGUCCCGGAGCCGGAGGCAAAAUGGUCCGACUCAGGCGUCGUGCGGCUCCAAUUACUCCUUACCACCGCCCUCGAUUGUUGCCCUACUCCCAAGAACGAAACCCUAGUUGGAUCUCCAGGAUCAUUUUAUCUCCUACUCGCCUAAUUGCUACCGGCGCCGGCAAGGUCCUCUCCACUGUCUUCGGCCCUGACCCUGAGUCCUCCUCCUCAUCUUCUUCCUCUUCCUCUGCCACCGAUUCCACUUCCGAGGAUGAUGUUGAUGAUGCCAAACAUGAUGAUGAUCUCUCUUCACUUGGUGCUGACAGAAUGAAUAAGAAGAACUGGAAAUCCCAAUUGAUUGAGUCCUUCCAGGGCAAGCCUCAACCGGUUGAGUGGAAGAGCGAAAACAAGCGUGUAAUUGAGCAGCUUGUUAUGCAGGAAACUUUCUCAAGGGAAGAAUGUGAUAGGCUGACACACAUUAUCAAUUCUAGAGUUAUAGAUUCUCCUGGCGUGGCAAACACUCAGGAAGAGAUAGAAAACAGAACAGUUGACAGCGCAAUAAUGGAGGCACAAAAAUGGCUAGAGGAGAAGAAAUCAGGAUCAACUUCAAUGUUAGAAUUGGAUCCGGGAACCACUGCUGUGAAGUCUGCUUUGUUGCCACAAGUUAUUGGCAGUGAAGUGGGUUCACCUGUGGAUAUGGCGAAAUCCUACAUGCAAUCACGUCCUCCAUGGGCUUCUCAAUCUUCCAACCAUUUUAAAUCUCCUUUGCCAUUAGCGGUGCAGCUCUUUAAGGAAGAAACAUCAUAUUCAGUGGGUGGAAACUCUGUGUCCUUAUCCAAGGUAUCACAUCUAAAAAGAGAUUCCUCAGCCAGUGGUUCAUGGAAUAUUCUGGAAGAAAUUCGAAGAGUGAGAUCUAAGGCAACGGAAAUGAGAACUCCCCCUUCAUCCAAAAAUGAUUGGUCUGGAUUUACUUCGGAUUAUAAAACUACCCCUACAGCUUUGUUUGCUGACAAUCUAGAAGGUGGUAUGAGAGAAAAAAUGCACGACUCUUCAAAAUCAGGUGAUGGAUUGAGCUUGGACACUCGAGUGAAUACUCCUGAGGGGUUCCUUGGUGCAGAAGAUAUCAAGGUUGUAUCACACAGUGAUAAUGGUAAUGCUGUUGUUGAUGGUCUUAAGGACACUAAUGGGACAGGCCAACUCUCAAGUCUUGUAGUGGGGGAAGCUAUUCAAGAUUUAAGGUUACAUGAAGGGAAUGGUUCACUCUUGAAAGAAGCUACCAGAGCAAGCGAUGCUUUUGCUUCUAAUGGUUGCCCUUCCUUCAUAUCCAGUCCGUGUGCAGGAUUAGAUAAAGAGGAAAAUCCUGUGCCAUUUAAUGAGGAGCAGAUUUCAGUUGAUCCUGGCUAUGACAAAGAAAUUGAAGGGGCUUCAGUCAAAGAGACCUGUGAGAUUUUAAGUGAAGCUUCAGUUGAAGUCGUAGUCGUGAAUGAAAAUGACAGCGUUGUUCCUGACUCUCAAAAUAGCUCUAGCUUGCACAAUGAUGAGUGGUUGGAGAACCUUGUGCAGCCAAAUCCAAAACCCAGCUCGGUGGGAAGGAAAUUGAGCAGAUACGACCGGAGGGGCAGGGGACAAGGUAAAUGAUGCUAAGUUGUGCUUUUGUUGUCCCCGCCUGUAGAAUUGAUUGUAAACUAGCCUAGGAAAAGGGUAAGGAAAAAAAAAUAACUGCAAGAGAGCAUUUGUUUCUUUCUAGUGAAAUUGCUAGUUAGGAGAUUAUGUUUGUCACGUGAUUCUUCUUUCUAGAAACCUUUGAAGAAGUUA